AGGGAGGAAGGGAGGGGGGGCUGGAGGGCCGUCCGGAGCCUCCCCCUUCCUGCCCGCAGUUCCCCGGGCCCGAGUCCCAAGCAAGGGCCGCCCAGAUCCGCGGCGGAGCUUUGGCCGAGCGGAGCAGGGACCGGCUGCAGAGGGCCUCCCACCAGAAAGCAAUGUGUUCAGGACUAGACAGCUGUCAACAGUAGUAGAGCCAAAAGGGAAUGAGCAACCUACCCAAGUCCAGACUCCCACAAGUUCCCAUCCACACCAGUCCCCAGAGGAAGCAGCAGACCCGGAAAGAGCUGCCCAAAAAGAAAAGCUCCAUGAGGAGCUGAAGCGAGUUCUUCAGAGGAAGGGCGAAAGCCAACGAAACACCGAAGAGACUGUGGCUGGUGAGGAGGAGGAGGAAGAGCCACCAUUACUGUCUUUGAGUCCUCCAAGCGAGAUGGAGGCCAAAGUCAGUGCCAUGGAGAAGACCAUUGAGACCUCUGAAUUGCUGGAGAUCAUUGUGGAGACAGAAGCAGAAGCUGGGGUCAGCGGGAUGAGCGUGGCCGGAGGCGGGCGGGAUGGCCUCUUUGUGAAGGAUGUGCUGAAAGACUCUCCAGCGGCACGGGCACUGAGCCUCAAGGAAGGUGACCAGCUCCUUAGUGCCAGAGUAUAUUUUGACAACAUAAAGUAUGAAGACGCCUUGCAGAUCCUGAAGUGCGCUGAGCCAUACAAGAUCUCCUUCUGCUUGAAACGGACGGUGCCCAGUGCAGAUGUCUCCCGCAAGCCCGGCACCUCCACCUUUGAAGUCAGAGGCCCCAAAGCAAAGAUAGCCAAGCUGAACAUCCAGAGCCUGUCAUCUCUAAAGAAGAAGAAGAAAAAGAAGGUGACAAAAGGUUUGGCAAAGGACCUGCAAGAGACAGCAGACCUUCACGGCAGCAGGGACCUGGCUGGUGGAAAACUGGAGAUCGCACCAGUUGACGUGGAGUUCUCCCUGCCCAAGUUUUCCAAGCUGCGCAAGGCCAAGAGUGCGGGUGAGGUGGCAGUCGCUGAACCAAGCCCAGACGUUUCCCCCUGGCUGUCAUCUCUGGAGACUAAACGCCGAAAACUGAAAUUCCCUAGGCUGAAGGUUAAGGAAGCAGCAGCUGCCGCUGCAGCAGGUAGAACAAGAGUCGAAGUACCUGAGAGUCAUCUGGAAGUGGGCCUGCCGAAGGUUGCCAUCGGGGUGAAAGCUGCUACCAAAAAAGAAGGUGAAGGGAAGGUGUCCAGGUUCACAGUCCCAUUCACCAAGGCUAAGAAGGCUAAAGAAGAGGCAAGGAGCAAAAUAGAAACUGGGUUCCAGGCCCCUCAGGUAGAACUUGACCUUCCCUUGCCUAAAGCUGGGCCUGGCAGAGAGUCACCCAAAACUGGUGCCAAAGCAGAAGAUUUCAAGAUUCAAGCACCUCAGAUUGGGUUGCCCAAAAUGGAGGUGGUGCUGCCCAAAGUAAGUACUGUAGGGAUGGAAGUACUAGAAGGUGGUCUCCAAGCAGGGCUGAAGCUCCCCACGGCAGAAGUGGCAGCGCCUAAGAUAGAUGUAGACCUCAGCUUCCCCAAACUGGAAGGCUCAUCUCCCCCAGAGGUUGUCCCCAAAGGAGAAGGCUUCCGAAUCAAAGUCACCAAGUUUGGUAUCUCUGCGGAAGAUGUCAAGCUGAAAGUGCCCUCGGCCAAAGCCCCAGUCCUAGAAGUCUCCCUGGAAAAAGACAAGGUGAGAUCCAAAGAUUUGGCGGAAAAGCUGACAGCAGGAGUGACAAUGCCAUCUUUGGAUGUGGAGGCCCCAUCCGUGGAGCUAGAGCUCCCCCUGCCCAGAGGGAAAGCUGAAAUGAAAGCUCACAAGACCAGAGUUGAAGUCCCAGAUAUCGCCGUCAAGGUCCCCUCCAUCAGCUUCGGCAAGCUGGUCUCCAAAGCCCCAGAAGAAGGGGAGAGCAGAUUGCCUCAAGUGGAAGUCAGUCUUGGAAAACCAGAGAGCCCCAAAAUAAAAGCCAAAGGCCCCAAGAUCCAAAUUCCGGGAUUUGGGAUUUCCUUGGCAGAAUGCAGGUCAGAUAGCAAAGAGACUGUUUCCAAAGGGGCAGCAGAGAGUAAGGUGACAUUUCCAGGGAUGAAGAUGCCCUCCCUUGACAUCUCGGUCCCCAAAGUCAGUGACAUGCAACUUCCAAAGGCCAUGGGAGAACUGGCUGCCCCCUUCGAUCGGGCAAAGUCUCAGGAGGCUGCCGAAGAGCCUGGCUUCAGAUUCCAGGUGCCCCAAGUGUCACUUCCCAAAUUUGACCUUCCUGCCAAGGCGACACCUUCUCCAUCCCUCCUAACCCACACCAAAUUCCCAAAGCCAGAAGGUGAUGUGAGUGUGAAAGUCGGUGUCCCAAAAGUGGAUCUUGUCUUACCUGAUGUUCAGCUUCCCAAAUCACAGUGUCAAAAAUCAGAAUUGGACAUCUCAGUGGAGGAGCCCAAAGUAGAAAUGGCUGUCCCCUCAGCCAGGCUGAGCUUUCCUUCCGGCACGGUGCCGGCAUUAGGAAUUGGCCUGCCCAAAGUUGAAGUUGGCUUGGAUUUGCCAAAGGUGGAAAGAGAGCUUGUAGUCUCUGAGCCGCUGCCACCCAGGGACCAUGAGAUGAAGCUGCAGUUCCCCAACUUCGGGGCUGUGAACAAAGACCUGGGGGUGGAACUCAGUGUCCCCACAUGCCAGCCUGAUCAGCUGGAGAUGGAGCCAAGCGUGAGGACCUUUGAGGGGCCAGAUGUCAGCGGGAUGGUCGCCAGAAUUCCUAAAGUGGAUCUUGCUUUGGGGAAAGAGUUGCUAACAGCUGAAGGAGAGCGGGGCCUAGAGAUUGGCUUGGACCUGAAGGAAAAAAUCUUGCCAAAGAUCAGCUUAGGACAAGCAGGCUUGGCUGCGGGAGCCAAAGUGAAGCUACCCUCUGUAGAGAUCCCGACUAUCACUAUCCCAGAUGUGACCAUUGAGAGCAAUAAAGUCCUCGAGGCUGAAUCAAAACAGAAGUCUCCUAGAUUUGCCCUCCCGAAGUUCAACAUUUCUGGCCCCAAGGCCCAGAAAGUGAGCCCAGAGGCAAAGUUGAAAAUGCCAAAAUUUGGAAUCUCAUUCCCCAAGUCCAAAUGGGGAGCAGAGGUGGAAAGCCCCAAAUUAGCUCUCAGCGUUGAAGGGAAGGCUCCCAAAGAGAAGUCUGAGCCUCGGGUGGGUUUGGAUUCUUCUGAAAGCAGGAUGAAAUUGCCCACUAUGGAAGUUGAGGUGCCCAGCAUGGCUGUGGACAUCAGCCUUCCCUCAGGGAAGACAGAGGAGUGGCCUAGUAAAGAAGCUGCAGGCCCUUCCCCUGAAGUUGGUAUGGACCUCCCAGAUGUCAAGCUGAAAAUGCCCAAAUUACUGUUGCCCAGAUUUGGGGCCAAAGGCAAAGAGGGGGAUCUGGAGCUCAAGGGCCGGGAGGCAAAGCUGCCAGAGAAAGAGGCCAAAGCCAAAAUGCCCAAGUUCAAGAUGCCAUAUUUUAGCAUGAUGCGCAGAGAUGUGGAGAUCUCAGGCCUAGAAGCAGAAGCAAAAAUCAAGAAAGAUUCCAAAAGUCCCAAGGAGAAAGGUCCAUCUGUGAAGAUGCCCUCUGUGAAAAUGCCAACUCUGCAGCUGUCCUCUCCUAAGCUGGAAACGGAUCAAGGGAAGCUGCAGAUCCAGGCUCCAGAACUGGGAGUGAAAGUCCCCCAGGUAGAGCUACCCAGGAUUAGCACCAAAGAUGGCAAAGCAGAGGGAGGGCUGCUUAUGGGGUCUGAGAGUCCCACCUUCAAGGUUAAGAUGCCAUCCCUAGAGAUUGCUGUGCCCAGCCCCAGAGUGGAAGAGGAGCUGGAGAAGCCCAUGGUGGACGUCUCAGAGGCUGACAUCAGAGGAUAUGAGGGAGAACUAAAGAUCCCCAGUGUGCCUUCCAUCUGCAUUUCUGCCCCCAAAGUUGAGCUGGACAUUGGUCUGCCCACCGCUGGCCCCGACGAGUCCAUCUCACAUGGCGCUACAAGUGCAGAUGCCAAGAUCAAGUUGCCAAAGGUGGAGUUGCCCAAAUUUGGUAAGGGUGAGGAUGGUGGGGUAGUGGAAGCAGGAGUACAGCUGAUGGGACACAAGUUCAGCCUUGGGCGAGAAGGGGAGAAAGAGCCGGAAGGAGCAGCAGAAGGCCAUAUUCUGGGCUCCAAGGUACGGAUGCCCAAAGUAGACAUCUCCUUGCCCAAAGCUCGGCUUUCUGAUGCAGAGCUACCCCUAACUGAGGGAGAGGGGGUGGCUGAAGGAACUGAGGGUAAAUUCAAGAUGCCUUCGGUUGGGCUGCCAAAGUUCUCCACCCCUAAAAUGAAGGCUCCUGAGGUAGAGCUUGACAUGAGUUUGGAAGCAGCAGGGAAAAUGCCCAGGGUCAAAGUGAGCAGUCCUGCCAUUAAAUUGCCCAAAUUUGGGGGUUCCAGCUCUGAUGGAGAAGGGGAGCCUGAGGUGGAUGUGCCCAGGGUCCCACAGCUUGAGUUGAAAGCUCCCAAACUCCGAGGCAGUGCUGAGAUGCUGAGCCUGGAAACUGGGACGAAAGAAGCCAAGAUCAAGAUGCCCUCACUCCCCAUUGGCUUUGGUCUAGGCAAGGCAGAAGCUGAGACUGGGCUGGGCGUUGAUGAUGGCAAGUUCAAGUUGAAAUUCCCAUCCUUGAGCAUCUCCAAGGCAGGCCCUGAGUCGAGCACAGAUACUCAGCCCCUCUGCCCUCCUGCUGAAGAGGCAGACUUCUCUUUCAAAAUGCCCCAGAUUGCCCUGCCACAUGUGGGGUUCUCAGUGGACUACGAAGGGAGGAAGGAAGCAAAGGAAGAAUUGGGGAAACUAACAGGUAUGACUGAUCUGGAAGUGGAUGUGGGAGGGUUUGAAGGCAGGCUGAAAAUGCCCAAAAUCAAAAUGCUGGCAUUUGGCACACCAGGUGCCAAGGGAGACACAGAUGUGGCAACAGCUUCUCCUCCAAGACAUCGACGGGGCUCAGGAGAAGGAGAUCUGGACGAGAAGAAAGCAGCCUUCAAGGUGCCUGGUGUAGAGAUUUCAGCCCCAAGCCUCAAAACCCACGCUGAAUAUGAUGUUGAGGAGACCCAGCUCAGGUAUGCUGGCUCUCAGGAAUUGGAAGGGGCCAGUAAAAGAGGCCGCAUUGGCAGCGAUGGUCGGAAGAGCCCAGUAGGCAAAGGAGAGGGAGCCAGUGCUGAUGCAGGGAAGAAGUAUAAAGUGAAGCUCCCCAAAUUUGGACUUUCUUUGGCCAAAGCAGGAUUUGAAGCUGAGGAAGGCACCCCAGGGCAGGAAUCGGAGACUAAAGCCAAAAAACGCAUGUUUGCCCUGGGAAGGUCCAAGGCAAAGGGUUCCGAGGGUUCCCCCAGCCUCCUUGAGAGAGAGGAGGAAGGGGAUGGCAAGGGCAUGAUGGCCAAACUCAAGCUCAAACCCUCUUUUGGAUUAUCUCUCUCCAAGCCCAAACUGGGGGUGGAGGUCAAUGGAAACCUGGAGGAGGCUUCCUCCAAGCUCAAGGUGCCCAAGCUGGGCUUCUCCACAACAGAGGAGAGCGCCCAGCAAAAUGGGGAACAAGCUGAAGUCUCGCUGCAGGAUGGGUCCCAAGAGAGCAAGGGGAAGAUGGGCAAAAUCCGUCUUCCUCAAGUGGAACUGUCAUCCCCCUCCAAGGUGGCUGAAACUGACCACGAGUUGAACCUCAAGCUGGUGAGGGCAGAAGAGACCAAAGAAGAUACCCAUGGCAGUGGUGGAGGCACCUUUUCAGCCUUGAAGUUCAAGUCACCCAAGAUCACCUUCUCGGGCUUCAAGAAACGGAAUGGGGAGAUGGAACCAGGAGCUGUGGUGUCUUCCGCUGCCCGAACAGAGAUGGCUUCGUUGGAAAUGGGCGAGGCAGGGUCCAAGGGGGAGAGGUCUCCCAAAUUCCGAUUCCCUAAACUGGCACUGAGUCCUAGAUCCCAUGGGGUUUUGGAGAUCACCCCUGAGCAUCCAGAGGACGAAGCACGGUUGAAAAUCAGGCUGCCCGAUGUGGGUUUCUCUGGGGAACUUAGCUCUGAGGAGCCGGGCUUGGAGACCAGGUUGGGAACGGCAAAGGUUGGGACCAAAUCAGAGGGAGGGGCAGUGUCUUCAGUGUGAGGAGCAAGUGAGAGUUAGCCUGGCAGAGUUGUGCCGACCUCUCAUUUUUCCUUUAUAAUGUUUAGCACUAACAGUAGUGAGGCAGGCUUGGCACCAGCCAGGAGCAGAUGAAGGAAGAGAGAAAAACAUUUGGGCAUGCUUCUGUUGCUUGUGUCUCUCCCAGCAUGUUCCCUUUAACAUCCCCUUUCUGGAGGCCACCGAAGCUCCAUGCUUAGAAAUUGGUUUUUUUUCUCUCUCUCUCUGGAAAAUCAAUGUGAAUAAAUUCAAGUCCCAUCCUUUACUGUCUUAUUGUCAAGGGCCUGCUUCAUGCCAACCUCCAAGCAAACUUGUUUCCUCCCUGAACUGUGUUUUCACCCCUUCAUUUCUGUUGUCUUCCCUUGUGAGUUUUGGGACCACGUUUGAAUUUCCCUAUCUUUGCCUUUGGAAACAGGUGACUUUGGGAAGACUUGGUUAUAUGUUACAGAACUAACUUAAGAACAAGGGGGGAGGUGUGUGGUUUUGUGAGCAGAGUGAAUGAGGUAUCUAGAGAGGAGGAAGUGGUGGUCAAUAACAAAAUGUUCUUCCUUAGAAAAUUAUAGAGUUAAUGAGAAUCCCAGGGGUCUUCGAGUCUAACCCCUUUCCAAUACAGGAUCUAAAAUAGAUAAGAUGUUGGAGUGGAGGUGAGCCAGAAAAUGGAGGGAUGAGCAGGUCUGAGACCCAGGCUUAGUUGGACGACAGAAGCCAAUUCAAGGGAGUUUUGAGCAAAGACAAGGCUCCUAACUGACUGGGAAAUACUGUAUCCUGUUUAAUCUUAUCCUCAGUUGACCCAGAAGAGCCAGGGCUCUUGGGUUCCUGUGGGGUUAUUGCUAUGCUUUGUUUUUAGGGUGAUUCAGAGGUUGAGCUAGCAGUGCCAAAGGUUGCCUGGGUGCAAAAUGAGAGCUGUUUUUCUGAACCAAGAAUCUCUGUUAUCUACACCCCCUUCCAUAGAUCGUUCUCUCCAUUCUCAAAGUCCCGUUGCUGCCUCAACUCUCUCAUCUCUCUUCCUCCUUCCUUAACAACACAAUAAAACAUCAUAGACCAUUAGCACCAUGCAAUUUGUGCCCAUAUCUUCUCCACAUUACCCUAGAGAAAACUGGAAUUUUCAGAAGACGUUGCUUGUCAAAGCAACUAGGUCACAAGUGACAUCUGCUGAAAUUCUCUCUUCAGCACAAUCUUGAAAGAGACAGAAGCCCCUUUUAACUUUUAGUCUGGGCAACCCUAGCUAAAAAAUUGACAUAGAUCACAUAACUGUUGUUGUCGAUGGGAGUUUUUCAUCUCUUAGUUAAGGAAUAAAAAAAACUUUUGGAUAGUUUCCAAAGAAGUAGCCCUGUUAGUGUAAUGCAACUUUAAAAAUAUGCUUUAUUCCUCAGGCUUUCCUGUCACUCUGUACUGCAUCCAAAGAAGUGGGAUUAUAUCCACAAGAGCUCAUGCUAAAACAAAACCCAGCUAGUCUUAAAGGUGCUGCAACAUUCCUUUUUUUGUUCUCUUUGUUUUCUUUUUUAUGGAAGUUUGGGAGAAACGCAGAGAAUUUUCUUUGGGAUAUGAGAGAGGGAUGAGGGUGGAAAUGAGAGAUUUUCAAGAUCCCUUAUGUGUUCCUACCAAAAACAAAAGGCACCUUUGCUGUGCCAGAUUUUCAAGAUGGUGGUUUUCAUCAGCAGCCCCAAGUGUAUUUCAUUUAGAUUGUAAAAUAUUUUACUGGUUUGGAGAGAGGGGGCGACCCAUUGCAUUUGCUUUUCAAGAGAAGCGUGUGAAAUGCAGUGGUCACAUUAAGGUGUUUACAUUUAGGGCAGAAAGCAGUGUAGAGGGAUUUGGGAGUGACAAAGGAUCUGUAUUCCUUCAAGCGAGUAAGGGGGGGAGCGAGGGACAGAAAUAUUGUCUUGUCACUCUGAGAUGUACAGAAAUCUUUUGUUCUAAUUGUUAACUACUUCAUCCUGCCGUGAUGGGCUUUCCUAUAACUUGCCGCUAAAAGAAAAAUCCCAGUAACUGCCUCUUUGCCAGAUUGUCUGUUGAAUUAAUUACCUUUUAAGUGAAGAAAGACAUUACACUGUAUCUCAGAUACACUAUACUACUGCUGCUUUUGUUUUGUUUUGUUUUCUAUUCUGGGUUUGAAUAAAAAAUUAAUAUGUGGACUGAC